GUUGGAAUUAGCCAUAGUCUUCUGCGCGGACGAUCUAGAUACGGACCUGCGGCCCACAAAACGCAAUGCAACCGUUGUUCCUAUCUUCUUCGUUGCUGGGCCCUCCUCUGAUAUGUCAUAGGGAGACAGGCUUAUUCUUGUUCAACAAAGGUUGCGUUCGAAGCGAGUCUCAGCACGCAAGACCAAGGAGGCAGAGUGCUGCAGCCAGCGCCCAGCACAGCAGUGCAGGCGAGGGCGAGGAGGCCUCUGUGGGCGCCCAGAGUUCAGCUGGGCCGGCGAAUUGGCGGCUGUAUCGGGCGUCUCUGGUGCAGCAGGAGCGGGCGGGGCUGUUCUCAGACGGCCUUCCAUCAACACAGCAGCUGCGCGGGCGGCUGGUGCUGCCCCGGCACUGGGCUCACGAGCUGGGCGCGCCCGAACGCGGUUGCCUGCUCGUGGCUCGCAGGCCUGACAUGGGACCGCUGCACACACAGUCAGUUGUGCUUCUGCUCGAGCAUGACUUGCAAGGGAGCGCUGGACUCAUCUUGAACUGCCCUUCUGCGAACGCACGCGUGCGGAGCUGCACAUGCCUGCCAGACAUUGCAGGGGCUUUCAAGCAGCAGCUGCUGUACCAGGGCGGCUCGGUGGCCACAGAGCGGCUGCAUCUGCUGCACGGCAACCCCGCAGUGGCAGACACCUUUGAAGUCAUAGAUGGGAUUUACACGGGGGGCCUGGCGCAUGCAAACGAGCUGGUGGCGAGUGGCCGCGCGGCAGCGAGCGAAUUCAAGUUGCUGGCGGGAUACGCGCACUGGCCCUGGGGUGAGCUGCAGCGGGAGAUUGCGCGCGGCCACUGGUGGCUCGUGGCGGCAUCUUCUGACUUCAUCUUGUCAUCCGUUCGAGGGCAGCAGCAGCAGAUGUAUGGGGUCAGAGAGAAAGCUGCUCUGUGGAGGAGCACAUUGCAGCUGGCUGGGCUUGGGCCAGGCACUCGCCAGCACCACUGA